AAGAAUGAAGAAUAUAUACGAAAUGUUCGGAGACCGAUCCGGAACUUCAAGUUUAUUAAACAUGUAAUCGUUAAACCGAAAAAUUAAAUUAGGACAUACCUAUAUAAAAUUAUAGAUACUGAUUGUUAAAUUUCAAAAUUAUUAUGCUCUGUUUGGGCAGAAAAAUAAGGAAAUGUAAACACACAUAAUCUAUAUGGAACGUGAAAAACGAGGUUCAAGAGAAAAUAAUUUUAGCUCUCAAACAGGAUGUACAAUGAAAACUUGGUUUUUAAUCGACACCUAGGGGAAUUUGAAGUUAGUCCUUGGGGGGAGCACUCUGUAGGAGUUGGCAUUACUGGAAGAGGGAAAGGACUAAAGGAGUGGACUGAUCUUUGAACUGAAACCAAAUAUUUGCUGAAACGGGUUUCCGCAGUUGGAGUUCGGCCGCGGGAAUGGUGAAGGCCAGGAAGUUCAUCCUCGCGAAGCACUUUGUGGGAGAGCCCAAAGAGUCGGACUUCCAGCUCGUCGAGGAAGACUUACCUGAACUGAAGAAUGGAGAGGUCCUGGUAGAGGCAGAGUGGCUCAGCGUGGACCCCUACAUGAGGCCGUACACCAUGUGGCUGCCGACGGGAAUCACCAUGAUCGGAGGGCAGGUAGCCAGGGUGGUGCGGAGCAGAGACCCGGCCGUGCCUGAGGGCAGCCGUGUGAUGGGCUACUUCGGCUGGCGCGACAGGACCGUGGUGGACUUGUCGCAGCCCAACAGCCUGCCCAUGCCCGACAAGCCCUACCUGCUGCCCGACUUCCAGGGGUUGCCCCCGUCGCUGGGCGUGGGCGUGCUCGGCAUGCCGGGGCUGACGGCGCUCUACGGGGUGCGGGAGGUGCUGAGGCCGACCCCGGGAGGCGUGGUGGUGGUGAGCGGGGCGGCGGGCGCCGUGGGCAGCCUCGUGGGGCAGAUCGCCAAGCAUGCAGGCUGCAAGGUGAUUGGCUUCGCCGGCUCCGACGCCAAGGUGCGCUGGCUGAAGGAUGAGCUGGGGUUUAACGAGGCCUUCAACUACAAGAGCACGGACGUGACGACGGCGCUCAAGUCGGCCGCGCCGGAGGGAGUCGACUGCUACUUUGACAAUGUGGGCGGGGAGAUGAGCAGCGCGGUGCUGAACCGCAUGAACCACGGCGGGCGGGUGGCGGUGUGCGGCUCCACGUCCACCUACAACGCCAGCGGGAAGGGCAGGCUGCCCCUGGCGCCCGUGGUCCAGCCGGCCCUCAUCUCCAAGGAGCUGCUGAUGGAGGGCUUCACGGUGCGGCGGUGGAACGACCGCUGGCUGGAGGGCGUCCGCGAGACGCUGCAGCUCGUCAAGCAGGGCAAGCUGAAGUACCGCGAAACGGUCACCCAAGGUUUUGAGAACAUGCCCAAAGCGUUCAUCGGCAUGUUGCGUGGGGAAAACGUCGGGAAGGCAGUUGUGAGGGCAAAGUUAUGAAAGGAUCACAACUUUGCAGUGUUUGGGUCAAGGUGUGGUUGAAUAGGUACCAAAAAUAUUUGUGAUAAUAAUACGUAUUGUGUGGUGCUCAGGUGAUUGUAGCAAGGCUGUUUUGUCGAUAAAACAAAGCUAAACUAUUUUUUUAUGAAAAUGAUAACCAAAAAUGUUUUAACAAAUAUAUUUGUUACUUUAACAUGUAUUGAUUUCUACAUAAGUAUGUAUAUAGCAUACAGUAAUUGUCCACUUGUAUGUAAGUUUCACAAAAAGUGGAAAUAGUAAUGAGGUGCUACACUCACUCAAGGUUGAAAACCUCAAGUGUGGUUGGUGAUUUGAGCGGUUUUUAACCGACUUCAAAAAAGGAGGAUGUUCUAUGUUCGACUGUAUGUAUUUUUUUUAUGUAUGUUCAUCGAUUUCUCCAUCAAUUGUGGAUCUAUUUUCAUUGUCUUGUUCAUUGUCUCAUUAAGACAUAGAGCAUACAUGAAUAGAUUUUCUGGGAAUGCAAAACAUUGACUGUUGAUACGGACAAGAUUAUAUGUCUUUAUCAUUAAUUUUAUACCAAAAUGAACUAAAUUGGUUAGAAAAAAUUAAUAAUAUACUUGAUCUUGUAACUUCUAUUAGAAACAUGUUUUUACAUUGAUAUAGGCACAUUUUUCAAAAAUGCAUAAUUUACCCCUUUUUUUUUCCAGAGUAGUUCUGUUAUAUUAAUGCUUAGUACAAAUGAUUUUAUUAUACAAAAGCAUCCUGUGUCAUGCAAGAUUAAUAUUUUGGUGAAUAAAAGUACUAAAAAAAAUUAAUUUCAUAUUUGCUGAAAAAUACACUAUUUUUAUUAAUAUGUAUAAAUAUAAACAAUAAUACUCAAAUCCCCUGGUUUGAAAAUGAAAUUGACCUAAAAAUAAAACCAUAUCAUCUUGUCCAUGUGUAUAAGGUAUCGUAUCGGUGGUGGUGGUUUAGGGGGAUGUAAAUUAAUAACAGACAUGUAGGUAUCUGAACAACCAACCAUUGAGUAUCUAACUAUGCAUGCAUGUGUGUUCUGGACAAUUUAAAAGUAUGAAUGUAUGGUAAGUGAUGAAUUUUUUUUUAUAAUUGAGGGGUUUGAUUAAAACAUCUACAAAA